AUGUCGGAUGAGGAGGAUGCAGGAGAAGCUGGCGCGAAAGAGAUUACGCUAUCCCGUGUGAGACUCGAUUUAUGGACACACUUUGAUAGAGGGGGAAAGUACAAAUCAUGUACACAGAGCGAAGCAUUUUGUAAAUUUUGCGAAGCCCAUUCCAGCUUUGACGGAGUUCGCGUGGCCAUUAGAGGAGAAAGAAAAUACAUGACGGAGCACUUGCAGAAAUGUCGACAUGUCCCUGCAGCCGUCCACCGCGCAUUAUUCAAGGCUGAAAUCGUUGAACACGAAAAGUUGAUGGCCAGAGCAUUUGCUUCAGCGAAUCUCCCUUAUGCAGCUAUUGAAAACCCAGAAGUAGUGGAGUGGUUAAAGUGGUUGCGCCCGGGAAUUCAGUUCCCGACACAACGCGUCCUGCGCGGUCGGAUUAUUCGGCAGCAUGCCCAGACGGCACAGAAAGCUAUGGAGGCAGCUCUGAACGGAAAACGAUUUCUCACACUGACGUUUGAUGGCUUCAAAAAUGUUUCAAAGAGAAACAUUCUAGGUGCGGCGGUUACCUGGAGAGAUGAAACCGACGGGCAAGUUGAGAAUUACGUUAUUGCGGCGGAUGAUGUUUCAACGGAAGGAUCCACUGCGGAUGAUGUCGUUGUUUACGCCUCAAAGUGGAUAGACACGGUCACGAACAAGUACAACGCCGACCUUGGAUUCAGUGUUUGCGACUCAGCCUCAUACAAUGUCAAAGCACGGCGCAUUCUGUCAUUAAAGUUUCCCCGAAUUUUGUUUGAAUCAUGUAAGGCGCAUCAAAUCAAUCUUGUCGUGAAAGAUAUGCUGCAGCUUGGGAUGUUCGUGCCGACCUGCAAAAGCGCCCUGAAAGUCGUCUCACAUUUUAAUCAGAAUAUUGUCUCCCUGGGGCGGCUGCGUAAAUCUCAACUGGCAACGGAGAAAAAACAAUUGCCAUUUCGAAGCCAACCGACACACGAUGGUACUCCUAUUAUAACUGCUUCCGCGCUUUGCUGGACAGCAAAAAAAGUUUACGGCAGUUCAUCUUCACAGGUGAUGGCGGUUGCGAAAGAAAUUCCCGAUGAAAUGGUUUGCACUAUUCUGGAUGAUAUAACUUUUUGGGGCAACCUGAAGAAAGUCGAGCAUAUUUUGAAGCCCGUAGUCAGCGCUCAAGGACAACUUGAAAAAGAUGGGUGCACUUUGUCGGACGUCAUGACAGCCAUGUACGAAUUAUAUCACUGUUUCAAAAUUGUCGAUGAUGGUGCGCUGAGCGAUAAUCUGACUGCGGCCCUGGAGAAUCGAUGGAUGAAGUUUUUCACACCAAGUCUGCUUGUACUUGCGGCUGUUCUCGACUACAGCAAGCGACUGGAAUUCUUUCGACCACGUGACGAACGCCUCACUUGGCAAACGGUCGCCUUUCUUGCGUCGAAAUACUACGAGAAGGUAUUUGGACGAAAGCCGACAUCAUUGCUGCGCUCGUUCACGAUGUACAAGAACUGGAUUCAACCAUUCGCUAAAGAUACAGUGAAACAGUUUGAUAAUCCGUUUUACUUUUGGAGCCUCAUCGAUGAUCAGCACUCCGAACUGCGUGACCUUGCCAUAUUUCUCCUGUCCGGCGGCGUGCAUUCGGCAUACCUUGAGCGCUACUGGAGCCGGUACGCGUAUAUCAACACUGAUAUUCGGAACCGUUUGACGACAGCCAGCGUUAUGAACGCUGCGCUUAUUGCGCAUCAUGCGAAACGAGACCGCCGGCAAAAAGAGAAGCGAGAAAAGAAAGAUGCGAAAACGCUGGCAGCGGCUUUUGAUAUGGAAGACGAGGAGCUGGAGAUUGUCGGCACUAGCGGCGGAACGGUGUUCGGUGUGUCUGGGGAUGCUGAUGGCGGGCCAGACGAUGGGGAGAGCACAGAUUUCGACAGUUUGGUCGCUUUUUAUUGUGAACUGGUCAAUGCGUGUGAUGAAGAAAAUACUCUGAAUUCUAAUGAUGCUGACUUUUACAGUCUGGAUGAUCUGUUCGGUGGAUAG